AUGAGUUGUACAUUCAAUUUCAAAGGCAAAGUGGCCUUGGUGACCGGGUCGAGCUCGGGUAUCGGCGCGGCCACAGCCAAAAUGCUGGCCAAAUCGGGAGCCGAGGGUCUGGUAAUCACAGGGUUGGUCGUCGAUGAGGGCCUACUGUCAACUGCCGGUGAGUGUCGUACAGCCGGCACUAAAGUGUUGGAAAUGGCGGCCGAUCUCUGCGAUGGGGCCGCUAUGCGAGCGCUGGUCGAGCAAACAAUCAUGAUGUUUGGCCGGCUGGACAUCCUGGUCAAUUGCGCCGGUGGUGUGGCCAGGGGUGGGGUGGGCGAGUCCGAGUUUAUGGACACAUUUAAGGGGUUUGUUACGACAAAUCUAGAGUCGGUGGUGUAUAUGACUCAUCUGUGCGCCGAGCAUCUGGAAAAGACCCAGGGCACUAUUGUCAAUGUGUCCAGUAUUAGAUCUAUGCAAUCGGGCGUCAGAGACUCGCCGUAUUGUGUGUCUAAGGCUGGCGUCGAUAUGUUUACGAAGUGUAUGGCCGCCGAGUUGGGCCCCCGAGGCAUCAGGGUGAAUUGUGUU